AUGGAGGACUCCUCCUCUUCUUCUCUUCGUUUGAGAAUCAACGGCGGAAGCGUAACUGCGAACGCGAACCCAACCUCUGUCACAAAGACUGAGGCAAAGUUCGAUAUCGUCAAGGUUGAAAGCCCCAAGCCAGAAGCACCCCCUGCCCGCUCGAAAUGGAGCAAGUAUCUUCCUAUCGUCUCCUUCUGCAACCUGGUCUUCUAUCUUUCAGCGUUGUUCCUCAACAUCUUCGCUGCUUGGGCCCAAGGCCAAGACCCAAGUGUGUUGAUUGUCCCACUGAUUUUUGCUGUCUCCCAAGUGUUCGAGCAUUGCUCUCAAUUCACAGAAGCAAUCUGGCAUGCCAUUGUCUUCUUGAAUAAGGAAGAUUUUGUUCGGCCUGCUCUGCGCCUGCGAGGCAGCGUCGUCCCUCCUGUUGUCAUGGUCAUUGUCACUUGUGGCGAACCACUGGAAAUCAUCAUGGAUACUAUCAGAGCAGCCGUGCAUGUUGACUAUCCGCCUGACAAGCUUCGUAUCAUCGUCGCCGAUGAUGGUGAUUCGGCAAGCUUGAGAACACAAGUCACCAAUCUUCAAGCCAGUCACUCUGUCCUACACUAUACCUCUCGUUUAGGUGGCAAAGGAUACAAGGCUGGCAAUCUCAACACUUGCUUGAGAUCCUUUGUGCCCACUCUUGGCUUCGAGUUCGACUGGAUCUGCGUGCUGGAUGCUGACAUGAUCCCUGCAUUCGGAAUUCUUCGCUCGUUACUCCCACAUGCUCUUGAAAAGGCAGAUGUCGGCAUGGUGACAACUGGCCAGCACUUUUACAACAUCCCUGACAAUGAUCCUCUUUACCAAUCAAACAUAACCGGUAAUCAUGCUGAAGAUGGUGCAAGAGACAGUUGUGGAUCUGCGUGGUGUCCAGGUUCUGGCUUUGUCAUGCGUGCCCAAGCCUGGCUCGACAUCGGUGGCUUUCCAGAAUACGCCGUCACGGAAGAUCUCUUCACAAGCUGGCAUCUUCAUGGAAAGGCCUGGAAGACUAUGCUGAUCCAUGAAGUCUUGCAAUGGGGGUUGCAACCAGACUGUUUUGUUGUUCAUAUGAAACAACGUCGUCGUUGGUGGACUGGUCAUCUGUCUCGUGUCUUAACGACUGGCAUGUCUCUCUUUGAUGAUAAGUUGAAGCAGGCCAACUUUGUCCAGCGAGCAGCCAUGUUCCAGCACUGUCUCCGGCCCUUCAACAACACCGUCUUCAAAGCCAUUUCUUUGAUAUUGAUCACCCUGUGCGUCGCUACUGGUGGAACCGUGUUGGCCACCCCUGGUAAAGGGUGCGUCCUUUCGAUUUUCAUCAGCCUCUCUAUUCGCGGCUUGAUUGCUCGUCAUAGCGAGUUUAAGGAUUUACCGGAUCUUGACCGAGUCUGGAACAUGAGACGUCGUCACGCCACCAAUACUUGGCUCGGACUCCACUUUGCAAUUGACACUGGCAAGGCAGUAAUGUCAACACUCUUUCCGGGCAGACUUGACAUACAGCCACUCGGGUUUGAAGUCUCAGGCGUCACAGAGCGAACGGAAAAUUCAGCCCAUGAGCGCAACCCCAGACGUCGUCUGCGUUGCUGGGACAGAGUACUUCUUCUGAACGCUAAAGAGGGUAUCCUCUAUCAUGUUCUGGUGGCCUGCAUCAUCACUGCGCUCAUUUUGCGCCAAUUGGUGCGUCUCGCUCUAAGCUCUGAUAGCUUCUGGUAUGACGUUUGUUUCUCUGUCGGCUUUCCUGGACUCGGUCUUAUAGAACUUCUCCCUCUGGAAUUCACUCCAUUGCUUUACGCCGCGUUCCCUCCAACAAUGCCAGAAAGACGAGACCUCAUGCAAUAUGACAACAAACUGAUGAUUUACCUUCCCAAGGAGACCUCCAAGCAGAUGAGGUGGAUAGCCUCGACAAGUGUCUGGUUAGCCGUCCCGCAUUUGGUCGGCUUCUGCUGGUUGUGUAUCGUCAUGGUCUCGAUGCCAUGGAGGUAUGUACCAACGAUCGAGAUGCUUGAGAGAAAGUGA